GGCCGCCCUGAAGGAGAGGAAUUCGGCAGCGAUGAGCCCGGAGAGUGAGUCUCCGGUGAAGCGGCCGGCUCGGAAGGUGGCCCGAGCCCUGGGCAGUGAGGGUGAGGAGGACGACGAGGAGGUGGCCCCCCACAAGCAGGAGCCAGCCCUACCCUCCCCGGUUGUCUCUCCUGCUGGCUCCGGCCCCUCCGACUCCUCACCCAGCAGCAUCUCCCCAGCCGGGAUCCCAAAACGCCGGACAGCUCGGAAACAAAUGCAGAAACGAAAGCUCCAAGAGACAUCUGACGGGCAGAAGGAUGGGGAGCCCAAGAGGCUUAAGAAGGAGGGAGGUGAAAGGGCGCCAGCGGCCAGCCAGGAACAGCCAGCCUCAGAGACUGAGCCGGAGGGAGGAGCCCAGACUCCCCAAGAGGCCUCAGGGGAGGCCACAGAGCCAGAGGGUGCCAGAGGAGAGGCUGAGGGAAGCCCGGUACCCAAGGCCUUCAGCAGCUUUUUUGCCCCCCGGAAGCCAGCCGCAGCGAAGCAGCCCCCAAAGGAGACUGCAGUAAAGCAGCCCCAGAAGGAGGCUGAAACUGAGAAAGUGACAAAGGAGACAGCCGAGAA